UCGCGCCUCCACCGGAGUCUCUUCCCCACAUCUGAGCCCACCCGCCCGGCGACAGGCCGCCCCUGACUCCUGCUUCCGCUCGCAUUGUAGGGUGCUCGAGAAGGAAGGCGACGAAAGAGCGAACAUGGGAGUAGAAAUUGAGACCAUACGUCCAGGCGAUGGACAGACAUUUCCGAAGAAGGGGCAGCGCGUCGUGGUGCACUAUGUCGGCACACUGCCGGAUGGGAAAGUGUUUGACUCGUCGAGGUCCCGGGAAAGGCCGUUCAAAUUCAAGAUUGGACACCAGGAGGUUAUUCGUGGUUGGGAAGAAGGAGUAGCCCAGAUGAGUGUCGGCCAGCGAGCAAAGCUGAUUUGCUCGCCAGACUACGCCUAUGGCAGCAAAGGGCACCCGGGGAUCAUCCCACCGAACUGCACUCUCACCUUCGACGUGGAGCUCAUCGGCCUGGAGGCCUGAAACUUGCGCACUCACUUUCUUUAAUUCCACUCAAAUUUUCAGGGUUGACUCCUAUCUCGGGAACAUGGAGGAAAAAUGUUCACAGAUGAUUCCUGCCCUUGAUCCCUGCAUAGGACCUAUGUCUAUAGCUUCACAAGUUCACUCUCCUUUCCAUCUAGAAAGUUGUUAUGUCACUUGCUUUAAAACUUUAUCCUUCAUCUUAUACUUUUAGAUUCCAUAAAGUAAUAAGUCAUAGGCCAUCCCAUCCCAUGUAUUUUGUCAUAUUCUGUUAUGUAUUUUUGUGGUGAUGUUUUAUCUUUUUUUUUUAUUAUUAUUUGACUUAAAAUUUUACAAAACGUGUCUGCCACCAGGACCCGGUUUUAGAUCAUGAGUAUUUAAUCAGUCUCAUUCCUGUGGCUCUGUGGCCUUUACAUUAAGAAAAUUGUAUUGAUUGCGGGUAAUGAAUUGUGUUGAGUAGAAAUAAGAGUAAAUUGUUUCACACAAUAUUUCUAUGAAUUACCUUUUGUGAUACUUGUUAUUGGGUUGAAUUAGAAAAAAAAAAUGGAUAUGUAAUACGUCGUAAACAGGGAUUCAUGAAUCAAGCACAUUAUUGCCAUGAACAGCCUACAGUUCCCUGCAGAUGUAGGAUUUUCUUUGUCUAUACUGCAGCAUCAAUUCUUAAUUUAUAACAGCAGAGUGACUCUUGCUGAAACAUUCACAACUGGACAUCAUUUGUCUUGUUGAUUGCUUGUAAAACUUUAUUAUUAUUUUUUUUUUUUGCCAAAAGAAGGUCUUUGUGUCUGGUAAAAAGGUUUCUAAAUGUGCAUGGUAAGCUCCCCCCACAGGCACAUCUUGGGGUUUGUGAUUAUCUUUAAUUGAAGGAGUUGUCUGUAACAAGCUGUGGAUGUUGUAAACGGUCUGUUCCUUACUCUGAACACAAUAAAAGAGUAAUUUUAACACAA